AUGUCAUCUGCUCAAGUCGUCAGUACCGCCGACGUAACGUCGCUUGAUGAUGAUUGCCGAGUGAAGGAAGAUGUUUGCCAGAAGUCCGACUCUACAGAGAUUGUUAAGGAAGACUCCUCAGUCUCGGAAUCUUUCUACAGUGACUCCUCAGUCGAUGAGGAAAUCAAAAGGAAGCCUCUGUGUGAUCACUUCAAGCGUGGAAAGUGCCGACUAGAGAAUUCAUGCAGAUUCGCGCAUAGCUUGAAAGAGCACAACGAUCCCAGUUUAAUCACCAAACGACGUGCUGAGGCUAAAGCCCAGCAUAAGUUACUGAAGUUGCGCAAUAGAGAGGCUGAGAAGAGUGACACUCAGCUCACUUCUGCUGGAGACACCGAUUCACCGUGUUAUUCUGCUACUACUGAGAUCUACGACCAUCCGCAACAGCGAGAUGUGGUUCCGCCAACUACCACCGGUGUGAGAAGGUCCGCCUCUUGCUCAAUGGUCCAAACUCCGACUUUCCAGGGAUCAAGGAUGUACUCGGAGGAGCAUUACGAGGAAUUUUUGGCGACGCUGGCUCUUGCCGCAUUCGCUUAG